AAACGUAUCUCCUACGAGCCAUGUCGUUUUGCCUGUACUGCGAAGAAGGAAGUGCAUGCGAUGGUGCUGUUCGUGCUAUAUGUGAAGGCGGACUUGGACGCGAUUGAUCUGUGGGAGUUUCCCGUGAACCACCGUUGGUGCUUGGACAUCAAAGAACCCACGAGUGAAGAAAAGCGUGAAGGCGUGUGGGUCUGCGACGACGAGCUCGUGGACGUGCCUGGGGGCCGCGGUGAAGCGCAUUUCCUCAUGAAAUGGCCAGGAGCGAAGAAGGAAAGCCAGUUGACGAUCAUCCGCGACGUGAAGAAGCUCACGCGCCCCAUCACGGGAGCCGACUCGGGCGAAUUCGUUCCUGUCGUGGGUUUUGACUGCCGCGGCCUCGAGCCGGUUGCAUGGUACCCCGAAGGCGGGUACACUCUCACGUCCGCCGGUGGUACAGCUGUGUUCCGCGACGUCAACUUGGCGGAAGACUGGUCGGAAUACGACGAAGAUGGCGAGCAGGCUGUUGGGAUUUACUCGAUCGAGCACAAGUUUGUCGUGGUGAAGGACAAAAAGUAAUGCGAUCACCAUCGUCUACUGCUGUGAUGUUUAUGGUGCGACGGAAGCUUUGCCAGACGACGCGAACGGGGUAUUCACGUCCGCUUCCUCUUGGUUAUCUUUCUCUUCUUGCUCCUUCUGCACAUCUUGAAACACAUCACGAAGAAGCGAGUCAAAGUCCCAUGCGUCGUCGUCUUCUUGAACCUACCCCGGGGAGGAUGUGAACCGUCGAAAUAUUUUUCAAGUCUAACGAAUACGAAGGACGCACUGCUUUUUGA